UAAAUGUUUCAAUGAGCCGCCAUAUUGGGAUUGGGAAGCCAAACCCCUCUUUCAUUCCGCGAAGAAAGGACAGGAGACACUUCCAGAGGAGUUUACGGAAGUGUGGGCUGUAAAAUCUGAAUCGUUACACCCGCAGAGGUGAUACCUGAGUUCGGGUUCGUCUCCGGUAUUUUGUUACCGAGUUUUGAGCGACUUUUGCUGCAAUGGCGACCGCGACGCCGACCGGUCAGAGGAGCACGUGUGGCGGCGGCACACCGCUGAGCCCGACGAGGAUCACCAGACUCCAGGAGAAACACGACCUGCGGGACCUCAACGACCGUCUGGCCGUCUACAUCGAUAAAGUCCGCAGCUUGGAGUCCGAAAACGACGUGCUCCACCUGCAGAUCAGCGAGAAGGAGGACGUGAGGAGCCGGGAGGUGUCCGGUCUGAAGGCUCUGUAUGAGACCGAGCUCGCUGACGCCAGGAGGAGCCUGGAUGAGUCCUCUAAGGAGCGGGCCUGGCUGCAGAUCGAGCUGGGCAAGUUCAGAGCUGACCAUGAGCAGCUCCUGCAGAACUACAGUAAGAAGGACUCUGAGGCGGCCGGCGCUCAGGCCCGGCUGAAGGACCUGGAGGCUCAGCUGAACUCUAAAGACGCGAUGUUGAGCACGGCGCUGUCUGAGAAGAGGAACCUGGAGGCCACGCUGGCAGAUAUGCAGGAACAGCUGCAGGAGCUGGACACCGGUCUGGCUCAGGCUAAGAAGCACCUGGCUGAUGAGAUGCUGCUCCGUGUCGACCUGGAGAACCGCUGCCAGAGUAUGACCGAGGAGAAGGACUUCCGCAAGAGCAUGCACGAGGAGGAAGUGAAGGAGGCCCGGCACCGGUACGAGACCCGUCUGGUGGAGGUGGACUCUGGACGGAAGGAGGAGUACGAGUACAAACUGUCUCAGGCUCUGACCGACAUGAGAACUCAGAACGAGGAGCAGAUCAUGAUCUACAAGGAAAACAUGGAGAGCACCUACCUCACCAAGCUGGAGGAUCUUCACCGUCUGUCCGAGAUGAACGGAGCCUCAGCCAACAUGGCCCGAGAGGAGCUGAGAGAGUCUGCGCUGAGAAUCGAGAGUCUGAGCGCACAGCUGGCAGGACUGCAGAAGGAGACUCGUGGUUGGCGUGAUCGUAUUUCAGAGCUGGAGGCGGCGCUCAUUCAGGAGAAAGACUUGAGCCGCAGGAUGCUCGCCGACAAAGACAUGGAGAUGGCCGAGAUCCGUGGCAAGAUGCUGCAGCAGCUCAACGAGUACGAGCAGCUGCUGGACGUCAAACUGGCCCUCGACAUGGAGAUCAACGCCUACAGGAAACUCCUGGAGGGAGAGGAGGAGAGACUGCAGCUGUCUCCCAGCCCGUCCUCUCGGGUCACCGUGUCUCGAGCCUCGAGCAGCCGCAGCGUUCGCACCACUCAGGGGAAGAGGAAGCGCGUGGACGUGGAGGAACAAGAGGCCAGCAGCUCGGUGUCCAUCGCUCACUCCGCCUCGGCCACCGGACCCGUCUGCAUCGACGAGAUCGAUACGGACGGGAAGUUCAUCAGUCUGCAAAACAGCGGAGACGAGGACCAGGCCAUGGUGGGAUACGAGAUGAUCAAGACGAUCGGAAGUGAGACGGCCACCUACAAGUUCACUCCUAAAUACGUGCUGAAGGCGGGACAGAAAGUCAUGGUGUGGGCCUCUGACGCAGGUGUGAGCUCCAAACCCCCCGCAGACCUGGUGUGGAAGAACCAGAGCUCCUGGAGCAACGGGGAGGACAUCCACGUGGUGCUCAUCAACCCUCAGGGAGAGGAGGUGGCAAAGAGAACCACCAUAUACACGACUGAAGCAGUCGAGCAGGAGGAAGAUGAUGAUGAAGAGGCUGAGGAAGAAUUCCUCCACCAGCAGGGAGACCCUCGCACCGCUAAGAGAGGCUGCUCCAUCAUGUGAUCACUCUGCACCAACCAGGCACCUCCUCCUCCUCUGAGCCCAGCCAGUCUGCUGCCAACUGUAAUACUAGAACUAUUUUUCUAUCUUUUGUAGUGUAUUUCAAUAAAAUGUAUGGAUUUUA